UAUGUUGCCACUUCAGUUUGUUGUCAGCAGAAACAACGUUGUCUCCCCAUAACCGCCAAAUUACUUCAAGAAGCUAGCUGGAAAGAUUCUGAAGAAUAAAGAAAGGAGAACAACUGAUAUUUGGAAUUGAUUAGUGUAAUUACUGUGCUAGUGUCGCUGGAAAAAAUCAUGACAACAAUGAAGGAGAAAGUCGUCUCCGGGGACACCACUUAUGUUAUCAGUGAGGAUGAUUGGCCCUAUGAAGAAGAGAUGCUGCGUAACCCACAUUCAAUGAAGCACUGGCAACGCUACAUCGAUCACCUAAAGAACACGAAAUCUUUGAACCUGAAUACCGUCUUCCGGCGAGCUCUCGAAAAGCUGCCAGGUAGCUAUAAACUCUGGUCGAAUUAUCUUUGCCAUCGUCGCGGUCAGUUGAAAAUGAAACGCAUCGACGAUAAGAUGUACGAAGACAUCAACAAUGACUACGAAAGAGCUCUCGUGUUUAUGCACAAGAUGCCUCGAAUUUGGAUUGAGUAUUCAAGUUUUAUGACAGAGCAAUGUUACAUCACUAGAACGCGUCAAGUAUUUGAUCGAGCACUCCGUGCCCUCCCAAUUACUCAACACCACAGGAUCUGGCCUUUGUACCUAGAUUUUGUGAGUAAACACGAUAUCUCCGAGACAGCAGUCCGGGUCUUUAGAAGAUACUUGAAGCUAGCCCCUGAAGACACCGAGGAUUACAUUGAAUAUUUGAUUUCCAUCGGAAGGCUCGACGAAGCUGCGAUUAAACUAGCCUACAUAGUAAAUCAAGACGACUUCGUUUCAAAACAUGGAAAAUCAAAUCACCAGCUGUGGAAUGAGCUCUGUAACUUAAUUUCCAAGAACCCAACGAAGAUCAAAAGUCUAAACGUGGAUGCAAUCAUCAGGGGAGGCCUCCGAAGAUAUACAGAUCAAUUAGGACCCCUUUGGAAUGCUCUGGCAGAUUAUUAUGUACGUUCCGGUUUAUUUGAAAGAGCGCGUGAUAUUUAUGAAGAAGCAAUUCAAACGGUAACAACCGUCCGAGAUUUCACUCAGGUCUUUGAUGCUUAUGCCCAGUUUGAAGAGCUGAGUCUGAGUAAACGAAUGGAAGAUGCUGCAAACAAUCCAAAUCCAACCGCAGAAGAUGAUAUUGACCUCGAGCUGAGAUUGGCCAGGUUCGAGCACUUGAUGGACAGACGAUUAUUACUCCUGAAUUCUGUGAUGCUUCGGCAAAAUCCUCAUAAUGUUCAGGAGUGGCACAAACGUGUGAGGCUUUAUGAGAAUCAACCCCACGAGAUUAUCAGUACAUACAUGGAAGCUGUGCAAACUGUUCAGCCGCAAUUAGCUGUUGGUAAGCUUCAUACUCUCUGGGUAUCAUUUGCAAAAUUUUAUGAAGCUAAUAAUCAAUUGGACGACGCCCGAGCUGUUUUCGAAGAAGCUACUCGGGUUCCCUAUACGAAGGUCGAUGAUCUAGCUUCUGUUUGGUGUGCUUGGGCAGAGAUGGAGAUCGAUCAUGGAAAUUUCAAUGGUGCAUUGAAGCUCAUGCAUCGGGCAACAGCAAUGCCCUCGAGGAGAGUGGCAUAUCACGAUGAAUCUGAGACUGUUCAAAUGAGACUUUAUAAAUCUCUCAAGGUCUGGUGUCUUUAUGCCGAUUUAGAGGAAUGUUAUGGAACUUUUAGGACGUGCAAAGCGGUUUAUGAUAAAAUCGUUGACUUGAAGAUUGCAACUCCACAUAUUAUUAUGAGCUAUGGGUUGUUCUUGGAGGAGAAGAAUUAUUUUGAAGAGGCUUUCAGAGCGUAUGAAAAAGGAAUCGCGCUGUUCAAGUGGCCUAACGUUCAUGAUAUUUGGAAGAGAUACCUGGAAAAAUUUCUUCAGAGAUAUGGUGGUGAGAAGUUGGAGAGGACGAGGGACUUAUUUGAACAGUGUUUGGAACACUGUCCUGCUAAAUAUGUGAAGACAUUUUAUCAACUUUAUGCGAAAUUUGAAGAAGAGCAUGGAUUGAAGAGUCGUGUUAUGUCAGUUUAUGAACGAGCCACAGAGAAAGUUCCUAAUGAGGAGAAAUUCACCAUGUUUAAUAUUUAUAUCGAAAAGGCAGCUGAUAUAUAUGGGAUUCCCAAAACUCGUCAGAUUUAUGAGAAAGCCAUCGAUGUGCUUAAUGAGGAAAACACUAGAGAGAUGUCUCUACGGUUUGCUGAUAUGGAGACGAAACUCGGGGAGGUUGAUCGUGCUAGAGCUAUUUAUAGUCACUGCAGCCAAAUUUGUGAUCCUCGGGUGACUUCUAAUUUUUGGCAAGUGUGGAAGGACUUUGAGGUGAAACAUGGGAAUGAAGACACUAUGAGGGAAAUGUUGAGGAUCAAACGUAGUGUUCAAGCUAUGUACAAUACGCAGAUAAAUAUGAUGUCAGCUCAGAUGUUGAAUACUGCGACAGCAGUUCAGAGCAAUGAAAUUCCAGAUGCCAUGAGGUUACUGGACAGCAAAUCUGUUCCAGCGGAGCAGGGCAGAAUUUUACCACCUAAGGAUACCAUUUCCUUUGUCCGCGGUGUAACGGAAGGCGGAAAUAAAAUAAGUCAGGUCAAUAAUCCAGAUGAGAUUGAUAUUGACAUAGAUGAAGAUGAUGAUAAUGAAGACGAGGCACAAAUGGAGGAAGAGGUACCAGUUGAGAAACAACUCAUUCCCGCACAAGUCUUCGGGGGAUUGAGAACCAACGACGAUGAUUAACCGUAAAUUUAUUUUAUUUCCUCCAAUCUGUAAAAAGCUUCAGUCUUUUUUUACCUGUGGAAUAAUGUAUACUAUCAAUCUCAGGAGAUGAAUGAUUGAAUAAAUUAAUUUAGUAUA